CACAAGAACUGGGAAGUCCCUCAAAGAGAGUAUAAAACGACAGCAAGUCACUGAGCACUGACACACAGAAACACUUUCAUCAUGACGCUGACAGUGCACGCUUUGCUGGCUUUCACCCUCAGCAUCUUUCUAACAGUCCAAGCGGUGGAGAGUCAACAUGUUCCAAAGACUUGUGAGUGUCCACAGGUCAAAAUGAGAGUCAAAACACCAUUUUCAGAUUUCAAAGUCACUCCAAAAGGACCAAACUGUUUACAGGAUGAGAUCAUAGUCACACAGCAGAAGAAUAAUAAGCUUGUGUGUCUCAGUCCAAAUGGUCACCAAGGCAAAAGACUGCUGAACUGUUGGCAAAAGACGCAAAAGGAUGGCAUGGACAGCAAAAAAUGCAUACGCCAACAAAAGCAAAAGCCAGGGAAAAGAAACAGGAAGCAUGCUAAAUCCAGGAAGGUCACAUCUUAAGUUCAAAUACUAAAGACACUGAGGCAAACAAGAGAUUCACAGGAGAAAACACUCUUCAAAGCCUGUGCAAAGUGCUUUAGCGCUGCUGUACAUUCAUAUGCACUAAGCAAGUCAAGGAUAUAAGAAAAGGCUGAAUUCAGAGGAGUGCACAUGUGUAUGGAGGCCAAGGGACGACAUAUAAUGAAGACAUGUUACAACAGGGACAGCACCUAACCUUGAGGUGUUAUACAGGGAUGAGUUGAGCAAUGCUAUGCAGGUCUAAUGUACUGGCCAAUUCACAGUUUCUUAUAAAUAUGUGUUUAAUGACCAUGUGAAGAAAAUAUGCUUUUUUUUUUUUUUUUUUUUUUUUUUACAGUUUAUAGUUUAAUAUAUAACAAACUAAUAAAAAAUUAAC